AACGAGAUGCCACUUUCGAUGCGGUUCAUGCAUAAACCAUCGCGUUCCAAAGAGCUCCUAGAAAAGGCCACGGAUCCAACAAGACAGAAUUCAUUGUUGAACUCGCAUUUGGGGGACUCUGCAGUGGUUGACGGCCCUGGUUCUCCUUCGGGCCCCAACUCACCUGCGGAUGUAACCAAUUCUCCCUCUAACGACAAAUACAAGCUCGUUCGUAAAAAGUCAGGAGAACUUGUCAAGCCUUCUUUGAAAGACCCCAACGCUACUUACUUCAACAAGAAACGCUCUCAGUCGCUUCCAACAACACCCACAUACAAACAGGUUCAUUUUGGCGGCGAUAACGAUGUACGCUACUUCAAAAAGAAGGACAGACCCACAGCGAUUUCGGCCUCUAACUCUCCGACGCUCGAAGGAGCCGAGAUUCUCGUCAAGAGAAUCAACUUGGACAGUGAAGAGGAGACAGACGAUGAUAGCACAGACGAUUACUACGACGACGAGGGCGAGGAUGGCGAUGAACUAAACGGUCACUACUCCAAGUAUAGACAUCAUCAUCGCCACAACAAUCCUGAUGAGGACGACGAAGAGUACAACAACUUCAACUUGAACUCUACCGGUUCAACCAAGUACCCCAGGGCCAAGGCUAUUCGUAACAUCGACUGGCAAUUGAAGUUGCUCAACUUCCCACCUUUGUCGUACGAUACCAGAAUAAAACGUGAAGUUCCUGUCUUCUUGGAGAGACUUUUUAUCAGUGUUGACAAGAAGUAUCUCUUGGGGCAUAUAGCUGUGAAGAAUGUUGCAUUUGAGAAGUACCUCACAGUUAGAUACUCGUUGGAUAACUGGAUGACAAUCAUAGAAAUUCCUUCCCUCUAUGCUCCAGACAGACCAGAUAUCUUGAAGAAAAAUAAUUAUGACAGAUUCAUUUUCCAAGUGCCCUUAGAGAAUUUAUUUGAUAGCUUCAGAUUAUCGACCUCCUCGAGUGAAUCAAGUGACAGUAGCGACAAUAACGACUCCAACUCAGAAAAGUCACAGGAAAAGGUUUACCAACUCUGUAUCAAGUAUGUGGCUAACAAUGUGGACUUCUGGGAUAACAACGGAUUCAAGAACUAUGUCAUCAAGUUGAUCAAGACAAUCAAGACACCUGGCUCUGUGGCAUCUGCCAUCAAAUUUAACCCAAAGAUUCAGGACCAUGCUAAGAAACCAAAAUAUUCAUCUUCUUACUUAAAGAGAAUUGUCUCUGACAGUCAGAUCGAAUUGAAGGGCAAGAAAGAGGAUCCUUUCUACGUUCACGACAAUUCCUCGUCUGAUGUCAAUGACUUUGUGAAGAACAACUUCUACAUGUCGUCACCUUUGUUAUCUUCGUAUAACAACCAUGCCAGUAGAAACAUCAAGUUCAACCAAAAGCAUGGUGGAACGCUACCAAACUUUAGCUCUCCGAAACCAGCCUUUUCUACUGGAAAUGGUGAAGUUUCUCCUGACUCUUCACCUGAUGUUAUUCCUCAGAAAUCAAGAGAUUUCUUGAAUUCGAAGUCAUACAAGGAGUUGCUUGACAAUUACUGCUUCUUCUCUUCUCCAUCUACGAAUGAC